CCCGUUCCUAUAAAGACAGUUCCAAAGCCGCAUAUUAUAAGGCCGAAGUCACCAAGAGGAAGAGCCAAUCUGGACGCAACAGUGCAACACUCAGGCGCGCACAAACAGAGCAGAUACUUUGGACUCGUCUCUCCCACAUUAAAUUGCUUCCUCAGUAGUCAAUAGUUCAGUCCCUCUCUUGUUUUCCUGUCUCUUUCUCGAUCACCUGUCUCGUUUCCAUCGCCAUUUUUUUUAAUAAUAUUCUCUGUCUGUCUGUCUGUGCCGUUCUCUGAUGCCAACGUCAUAAACAAACUGACAACAACCCCACACACCAUUAACACCUGCAUUUCAUGGCUGCGGCAACUACGACCACUACUCACCUUAAAGCCCAAACCCAACACACCAAGCCCAAACGCCGCAAGUGCCGCGAGACUACCAUCUCCGCUACUGCUACUUCCGACUCUACAGGACACUCCUCUCGGAAGCUCGACCCGCCCACCAUUCAAACCCCUGACCACCACCCCUGGUGCUAUCCCGCUUCGAAACCCGUCCCAAGUCCUCCACCUCCUCCACCAUCUCCUCCGCCUCAACCUUCGAAUCCCCGACGUGCAACGAACUCGAAACAGGACCCCAUUAACUCGUCCUCAUUUUCAUCAUCUUCGCCUUCCGAUUCACCAUCGACCUUCAGGAUCAGAUUCUCUCCGGGUAGUCUAUCGCCGGUCAUGGACUUUACACCCACCACAAUGAACGACCGGGAUACGUUUUCUUCCGGCUUUACCAAAUUUAACUCGGUCCUCACCGCCGGGCUUCUCAACCCAAUGUCACCACCUCCUCCACCCGACAAGGCGAUCCGAUCCAGUCCGACCCUUCUCGAAAUGAUGGCCAGCGAGCUCGAUCUCCAUCAUUCCAGAACCCAGAUCCCACCCCAAAACGCCGUCGUGCCAGUCCCCAAACCGCAACUCCCCCAAAUCUCACCCCAGGACCAGCAAGCCCUAACAAUGCAGCGAAUCUCCGAGAUCUUAUCGACCCGCAGCCCUGGAAACCAGUUCAACGACUCGACCUCGAGCGACAUAAAGCUCACCUUGAGCUCCAAGGAUGGCGUCAGUGUCUCCGUGAAUCUCCACCGUCAGAUUCUCGUCGCUCACAGCCGGUUCUUUUCGGUCAAGUUGUCUGAGCUGUGGACGAAGCCGCAGAGAUUAGCAGGGUCGCCGUGCGUCGUGGAGAUUGCGGACUGCGACGACGUCGAGGUUUACAUCGAAACCUUGAGGUUGAUGUACUGUAAGGAUCUGAGGAAGAAGCUUAUGAAAGAGGAUGUUCUCAGAGUUCUUGGCAUCUUAAAGGUAUCGGCUGCAAUUGGGUUUGAUGCUGGGGUUUUGUCUUGCUUGGAGUACUUAGAAGCUGCGCCGUGGGAAGAGGAUGAAGAAGAGAAGGUGGCUUCGUUAUUGUCAGAACUCCGCCUUGACAGUGUCGGAGCUGGGGAAGUUUUGAAAAGGGUUUCAAUUGACGUUGCUAAUGGAGCUGAUGAUGGUAAAGACAAUGAAGAAGUGCUGCUUAAACUUUUACAUGUAGUUCUUGAAGGUAAAGACGAGAAGGCAAGGCGAGAAAUGAAGGGGUUGGUAUCGAAGAUGCUUCGUGAGAAUUCUUCGCAGAAUGACCUUCGGAAAGAAUCAUUGUACUCGGCUUGUGAUGGGUGUUUGCAAUUGCUUCGCCACAAUUUUAUGCAGGCAGCCGGGUCGCACUUACAGGAUGUGGGCCAGAUUGCGCGACAAGCAGAUAAUUUACAUUGGAUUUUGGAUAUUCUGAUCGAUAGGCAGAUAGCUGAGGAUUUUUUGAGAACAUGGGCAUCACAAUCUGAAUUGUCUGCUGCACAUUCUAAAGUGGCCGCAGUUCAUAGGUUCGAGGUUAGCAGAGUUACAGCACGGCUAUUUGUUGGGAUUGGGAAGGGGCAGCUAUUGGCUUCUAAAGAUGUGAGGUGCUUGCUACUGAGGACAUGGCUAGAGCCAUUUUAUGAUGAUUUCGGAUGGAUGAGGAGGGCAUCAAGAGGCCUUGACCGUCACUUAAUAGAAGAUGGUCUUAGUAACACCAUUCUCACUCUGCCUCUCUCUUGGCAACAGGAUAUUUUGCUUGCUUGGUUUAAUCGUUUCCUGAAUUCGGGUGAAGAUUGUCCAAACAUACAAAGAGGUUUUGAAGUUUGGUGGAGGAGGGCUUUUUGGAGACGAAAUGAUGAGCAGGAAAGACAACGACCAUUGCGAAUUACAACUGCAACUGUUGAAAACUAGAAGUCACUACUACUUUCACAAUUCCGGAGAGCUUUCUAAACUGGGACGGACAGUUCUUUGUCAUCAAGGAGUUAAUUACAUAGAGAUGUAUGCUGUAUUUGCCUUCACUUUGAAGAAGCCAGGUUUAGCCUGGAAGAAGAUAAAGAGACCUGUUGGUGCAACUCCCCUUAGCUUGUUGAGAAGUAAACGGAGUAAAAUUGGUUGCUCUUUUCAGUUUCAUUGUCUAAUUGGAGGAUUAACUCCCUCAAAGAAGAGUACGUGUAUGUUAGUCAACCACAAUCAAUUGCCAUGGGCCUGUACACUUCCAGGAUUAGUGCUAAUAAAAAAUCAAUUGCCAAAUGACAGAUGUGUGGACUUACUAGGCAUGGUAAUUUAGUCACCAUUGAAGUCAUAACGCAACAUAACACGUACUGGUUAUAUCCAGUGUAGUUCUUUGAAUAUUACAUUCCCUUACACAAA